GAAGCGCGAUGGAAUCCAGAAGAAGCAGAGCGAAGGUCGAUUUGACCGGAAUUUUGAGGAAAUCAUGGUACCGGUUGAGGCUGUCGGUGAGGCAUCCAUCAAGGGUUCCGACAUGGGACGCCAUAGUGUUGACGGCGGCGAGCCCGGAGCAGGCGGAGCUCUACGAGUGGCAGCUGAAGCGGGCAAAGCGUCUGGGUCGGAUUGCGAGUUCCACAGUAACGCUGGUCGUGCCCGACCCGGAUGGGAAUCGGAUCGGGUCCGGCGGCGCUACUCUCAAUGCCAUUUACGCCCUUGCUCGCCACUUGGAAGCGCUGGGUCCACAGGUAGAAAAUAUGGACACUGGCAGUUCUGAGUCUUCGGUGCCUCAUGAAAGGUCCAACAGUGAGGUUUCUUUCUCGCCAAUGGUUAGCUUCAUGGCUAAAAGGCAUAUACUAUUGCUUCAUGCUGGAGGUGACUCUAAAAGGGUCCCAUGGGCGAACCCUAUGGGGAAAGUUUUCCUGCCACUUCCAUAUUUGGCAGCAGAUGACCCUGAUGGGCCAGUUCCACUGCUUUUUGACCAUAUACUUGCAAUUUCUUGUUGUGCAAGACAAGCUUUUAAAAAUGAAGGUGGGAUAUUCAUUAUGACUGGGGAUGUUCUUCCAUGUUUUGAUGCUUCAACUAUGGUUCUUCCAGAGGACACAUCCUGCAUCAUCACUGUUCCAUUAACCCUUGAUAUUGCUUCUAACCAUGGUGUAAUUGUGGCAUCUAAAACUGGGAUUCUGAAUAAAACUUCUUAUGUCAGUUUAGUUGAGAAUCUUCUACAGAAACCUACCAUGGAGGAGCUUGUUAAGAACCAGGCCAUUCUAGAUGAUGGAAGAACGUUGCUUGACACAGGAAUAAUAGCUGUUAGAGGUAAAGCAUGGGUGGAGCUUGUUAGGCUUGCAUGUUCCAGCCAACCUAUGAUUGCAGACCUUCUAAAGAGCAAAAAAGAGAUGAGUUUAUAUGAAGAUCUGGUAGCAGCUUGGGUACUUGCAAGACAUGAAUGGUUGCGACUACGUCCUUUGGGAGAAGAAUUGAUCAACAGAUUGGGAAAGCAAAAGAUGUACAGCUAUUGUGCUUAUGAUUUGUUGUUCUUACAUUUUGGAACCUCAAGUGAAGUGCUUGAUCACCUAAGUGGGGCAGACUCAGGGCUUGUAGGUCGAAGACACCUGUGUUCUGUUCCAGCAACCACUGUAUCUGACAUUGCAGCAUCCGCCGUUGUCAUUUCAAGCAAAAUUGCACCCAGUGUCUCAAUUGGGGAUGAUUCUAUUGUAUAUGAUUCAUCCAUUUCUGGCGGUAUACAGAUUGGUUCCCAGUCUAUUGUUGUCGGUGUUAAUGUCCCAGGAGACAGUAAUGGGAUAGAGGAUAACGGAUUUAGGUUCAUUCUUCCAGAUCGUCAUUGUCUUUGGGAGGUGCCUUUAGUAGGAUGCACUGGAAGAGUCAUCGUGUAUUGUGGCCUCCAUGACAACCCAAAAGAUUCACUUUCAAGGAAUGGGACUUUUUGUGGGAAACCCUGGGAUAAGGUCUUGCAUGAUUUAGGAAUUCAAGAAGGUGACUUGUGGAGCACAAGAAGUACUCAUGAGAAGUGCUUGUGGAAUGCAAAAAUAUUCCCCAUUCUUUCUUACUUUGAGAUGCUUAGUUUGGCGGCAUGGCUGAUGGGAUUGAAUGACCAAAAAACCAAAUCCUUACUUCCUUUGUGGAAAAGUUCACAACGUGUCAGUUUGGAGGAGUUGCAUAGAUCCAUUGACUUUCCACACAUGUGUAUUGGCUCCAGCAAUCAUCAAGCAGAUUUGGCAGCUGGAAUUGCCAAAGCCUGCAUUAAUUAUGGCUUGCUUGGUCGCAACUUAUCACAAUUGUGUGAAGAAAUUUUGCAAAAAGAUGUUUCAGGAGUCAAAAUAUGUAAAGACUUGCUAGACCAAUGUUCGAACCUGCAGGGACAAAACUCUAAGAUUCUUCCCAAAAGCAGGGCAUACCAGGUGCAAGUUGACCUUCUGCAAGCCUGCAGAGAAGAGAAGAUGGCAUGCAAGUUGGAGCACAAAGUUUGGGCUGCAGUUGCUGAUGAAACUGCUGCAGCAGUAAGAUAUGGUUUUAGAGAGCGUGUCUUGGAGUCUUCCAAUAGCACAUCAGCUUCAGCAUAUCAGAGCAGUGCCUUUGAUGGCUGUGUGGACCAAUCCUUCCGGCACCGUGACGUAAGGAUCGAACUACCAGUGCGUGUAGAUUUUGUUGGGGGUUGGAGUGAUACCCCGCCAUGGAGCUUAGAACGUGCUGGUUGUGUUCUGAAUAUGUCGAUAAAGUUAGAUGAUUGUGCUCCUGUUGGCACCUCUAUAACGACUACAGAACAAACUGGAAUAGAAAUUAAUGAUGAUGAUACUAUAAACAAGGUAUAUAUUGAAGAUCCUACCUCUAUUACUACUCCAUUCAAUAGCAAUGAUCCAUUUCGGCUUGUCAAAUCUGCUCUGCUUGUGACUGGUGUUACUCGUGACAAGUUACUUUUAUCAAUGGGCUUGCAAAUCCAUACAUGGACUGGUGUUCCCCGUGGUACUGGCUUGGGGACUUCUAGCAUCCUAGCAGCAGCUGUUGUGAAAGGGCUUCUCAAAAUAACUAAUAGAGAUGACAGUAACGAAAUUGUUGCCAGACUUGUUCUGGUAUUAGAGCAGCUCAUGGGCACUGGAGGAGGCUGGCAAGAUCAAAUUGGUGGUCUAUACCCUGGGAUUAAAUUUACUGAAAGUUUUCCUGGAGUACCAUUGAAGCUUCAAGUCAUUCCCCUGAUGGCUUCUCCUCAGUUGAUUUCUGAUUUGCAGCAACGACUGCUUGUGGUGUUUACUGGCCAAGUUCGGCCUGCACGCCGAGUCCUAGAAAAGGUGGUCACUCGAUAUCUGCGACGGGACAACCUUCUCAUUUCCAGUAUCAAGCGCCUUGCUGAACUGGCAAGGAUGGGGAGGGAAGCUUUAAUGAACUGUGACCUAGAUGAACUAGGGGAGAUUAUGUUGGAGGCUUGGAGGUUACAUCAGGAACUUGACCCUUACUGCAGCAAUACAUUUGUCGAUAGGCUCUUUGAGCUGGCUGACCCCUUCUGCUGCGGGUAUAAGCUUGUGGGUGCUGGUGGUGGAGGCUUUGCAUUGUUACUGGCCAAGGAUGCCGACUCUGCCAAGAAACUGAGGGAUUUGCUACAAAAGGAUCCACAUUUAGAAGAAUACGGUUCAGAAUUUGAAGUGAAAAUUUACAAUUGGGCCCUCUUUUGAGAAUCCUAGUUUGUAUCAGAAUGUAUCUUAUUCUAUUACACGUGUUCUUCACUAUCUAUAACUACUGCUUAAGAUGCAUAUUCUUGAUUCCUACCAUCACCUGGGUAAAUUCUGUAAACAUGGACGGGAAGUGGCAUGUUUUAUGAUUCCUAUUCUUUGCCAAACUGCUUGUAAUUGUAUGAUUUUAGUUAUAAUAAAAGUUUAGCAGUAGAGCUGCUAUAUUCUUCCUGGUGCAAA